CCAGCACAGCACGAGAUCUGUGGCUUUGUCCGCACCCCAUGCUGACCUCUGCCGUGCCCACUGACUGCUCACCACUCGAUAUGCGCGGUCAGUAUCGACGUAAUGUCGCUUUCAACCUCGCCAACAUGCAAGAGGCUCAAGGACAGGGACAGGGACAGGGACAGGGACAAGCGUCCACUUUCAAUGCAUCCUGAGGGGGGGCGCUCUUAGAUUGCGAUCAGGCGUUCGCCAAGGGGGAGAAAGAGGCGAUGCAAAGGGUGUUGGAAGAAGAUGUGCGGACAAGUCUAGGCGCCCCCAUCGGCCCAGCAGCGCCGCUGCCUGACCCUCUCGGCAAGCUGGCGGGCGGACUCGAGAUCAGACAGGUGGACGUUGAGACAUCGACGAUGAAAUGCGAAAAAGCAGCAGCUCAUCAAACGAACAGGAACACUUGCACAAGCCCCAAUCCGUAUCCCACUAACAUCCGUGCAGCCUCAUCACAGCUCCACCCACCUCGCGCCUCUUCAUUUCGUCCCCCUUUGCGUCCGCUUCCACGACUUUUCGAAAUCUACUCACUCAAGCAGCCUUCGGCUGCUUUGCUCCCCUUCGCCUCACUCCUUUCCUCCUCCUCGCCCCCCGCCUCGUCUCUUCUCGUCUCGGCCUGUCCUGCCCUGCCCCGCCCGAAUCCUCGUGGCCUCGCAGCCCUGUAUUUGUACCCCCCGCGCACCCACGUACAAAAGAAGCCGUGCAUGCGCAUCAGUAUGCCGCAUGCCUAAACGCGUUCAAGUCCAGUACCAAAACGUUGCGCCAAAAGAAAAACAAAAAGGUGUGGGCCUUUCCGAAGG